UAACAUCCACAUGCAGCGCGACGAGGCUGCCACGGCAGCAGCGUCGAGACCGUCGCGGCAGCACGACGCGGUCGGCGGCACGACGACGCCGCCACAGCAGCACGAGAGAGAGAGAGAGAGAGAGAGAGAGAGAGAGAGAGAGAGAGAGAGAGAGAGAGAGAGAGAGAGAGAGAGAGAGAGAGAGAGAGAGAGAGAGAGAGAGACAGAGAGACGGAGAGAGAGAGACAGAGAGACAGAGAGAGAGGAGAGAGAAAGAGAGAGAGAGAGAAAGAGAGAGAGAGAGAAAGAGAGAGAGAGGGAGAAAGAAGGGUUCAAGUGCGCGUUUUUAUUAACAGAGUUGGAGUUCUUGCCGUACGUCAUCUCAACGGGGGUAUUCAAGUAGACAUAAGAAAAAAUGGAAUAUUGA